UCGUUGGGUUGAAUAACAAUAUCACCACCUCGGAUACCUCGAGUUAAUGGAAUUUUGGAUUAUGUUAAUUUUCUAGGCUAGAGAAAUCAUGGCUUUAAGGAUAAAAUUUUGGUCUUCGAUUUUGUCUGUUAUCCUUUUUAUAGUGUUUUUCAAAUUUGGUGAAACAGUGCUUUCUCACAAUUAUUAUGGAUUAAGAGAAUCUUUUGAAGAAGAGAUUCCAGAAGGAGCUUCCACCUUAGCUUUUGUGUUUGACAUAACUGGAUCUAUGUAUGAUGACUUAGUGCAAGUUAUUGAAGGUGCAGCAAGAAUACUGAGUACUAUUCUGGCGAGAAGAGAGAAAGCCAUAUAUAAUUAUGUUCUCGUGCCUUUCCAUGAUCCAGAUAUUGGACCAGUUACAGUAACAACAGAUCCAGAUCUGUUUCAGCGGCAACUGAAAGAGCUUUAUGUUCAAGGUGGUGGAGAUUGCCCUGAAAUGAGUGUUGGAGCCAUAAAACUAGCUUUAGAAGUUUGUCUUCCAAAUUCUCACAUAUAUGUCUUUACAGAUGCUCGAGCAAAAGAUUAUUAUUUAUUAAAUGAUGUUUUGAAGCUUAUACAAAGAAAACAAAGUCAGGUUGUUUUCGUCAUGACUGGCGAUUGUGGGAACCAUUCUCAUCCUGGUUAUAGAGCCUAUGAACGAAUAGCAUCAACUAGCUCCGGUCAAGUUUUUCAUCUACUGAAAUCAGAUGUGGAUGAGGUAAUUCUGUGUUAA